AUAAAAGAAUUAUCAGAAGUUCUACAGAGGGUAAAUCAUAGUAACACCGGUUAUUUGUUUGACUGAAUGCUAAUAAUAUAAAAGCUUACUUGAUUAUUUAGAAUUCUUGGAAUGUAAUGAAAUGAUAAGCGUAAAGCUGUGAACAGGGUAGUGACCUAGAUUCUGAAAAUACCGUUUUCUCAAUAAGAAAUGUGGAUACAAAUGAAAGGAUUGUGGGUUAAAACAGUGACAAAGGUCCAACAGAAAAAGCGGAGUCACUAACACGCAGUCUUCUUGGAGCCGAAAAGUCAAGCUUUCCAAAUAAGACACAUGGGCCAAAAGUGUAAGCUGAUUCUGUUGUACGUGAUUUGUAUGAUGAUCCAAAGAAACACUGUCUCCCCAACUACAUCUAAUGAAACAAUGUAUACAAUCAUGAGGCAGAUUAUUGACGGUUAUGAAAAGGAACUUCCUCCAAAGUUUGACAAAGCAUCGGACAAACAAGUGGCGGUGUACAUAAACGUGUACAUACAGUCAAUGUAUGCUUUCAGCGAUGCAAAUAUGGACUAUUCUAUGACAAUGUUUCUAAGAGAGCGCUGGGUUGAUGAGAGACUUAGAUACCCCGAUACACAGAAAUAUCCAAGAUUGGAACUUGAAGGCCCAAUGGUUGAUAAACUAUGGUUACCAGAUGUUUACAUUAUAAAUGAAAAGGAAUCCGAUUAUCAUGAAGUCACUGUUCCAAACAAGAUGGCACACCUGUAUCCAAAUGGAACUGUUCAGUACAGCGCCAAAGUUACCGGUACAUUUUCAUGCCUAAUGUAUCUUAAGAAAUAUCCGUUUGAUACGCAAGUGUGCCAUCUAGAAAUGGAGAGUUAUGGACACAGUACGGAGACUCUGAAGUUUUACUGGAGCAACGAAGCUGUUUCAAUGUCCAAAGGGAUAGAAUUUCCCAAUUUCUGGCUGGCGAAUAUAAGCAUCUACGAGUGUGAAAAGACGUACUACAGCGGUAUAUAUUUACUAUACCCUUGCAUAGGAGUAAAAUUUACCAUGCGGCGGAACUACGAGUUUCACAUCUUGCACAUUUACUUGCCUAGUAUCCUGAUUGUCAUUUUGUCCUGGCUGAACUUUUGGUUGGACUGCACGGCCGUACCGGCAAGAAUUACACUGGGAUUACUUACCGUGCUCACCAUGACAACACAGACCUCGAACUCUAUGGAGAAUAUGUCGCACGUUUCAUAUCUAAAGGCUAUAGAUGUCUAUAUAGCUGUCUGUCUGACAUUUGUAUUCAUGGGCCUUGUUGAGUUUGCUUACGUUAACGUGUUGACACGCGCCGAGAGAAAAGAAACAACGGACACAACCAAAGAACUGAAAACUGUUGAUGGAGUACUAAAAAAGAAUACACGUAAAUCAAAAUAUGUAUCAUGCACUCAGACAACCUGGAACGAACUGUUGUGCUUUAGUCGUCUGUCUAACCUUGGUCGUGCUCGUCUUGUAGACAAGAUUUCCAGGGUUAUAUUUCCACUAAUGUUUGGAGUAUUCAACAUAUUCUACUGGUGUUUCUACGUUAUUUUCUAAUAAAGCUGUAGACAGGCUUUCACGGGAAUUAAUUUCAUUUGUAUGUGGGAUAUUCAGUAUAGUCUUUUUAUGUGUCUACGUUGUUUUCAAAUAAAAGAACAGUUAUUCAUACAAGAAAGAAUUAUUUGUUCAAAUUUUAUACAUUCUGUUAUCUGUACAUGUUAGUAUCCUCUUCUUAUGAAUUCAAAUUCAUGUUUCUGACAUUAAAGAAAUUACAUUGGUUUUCAUGGUUAUAACUAUGUAUCCCUGAUUCAGUGAUGAAAUCUGUCUUCGUU